UCUAGUGACCGUCGUCACGCGCGCACAAUAGAGGAUGUGAAUGCGCGUGCAUCCACGUUGAUGGGCACGUGAUGACAGCCUAACGGGCGGGCGUACGUGCAUUCUGCUCCGCUGACAGCCGGCCGGUGAGACGCUCGCAUCUUAUCUGCUGCUGAAACAAAAAGUAAAAGGAUUCAGUGGUUAGAAUGAAAUGAUGAAUACUUGCAGAACAUGCAGUGGUGGAAGCAUGUAUCAUCAGCGCAUGAGCUGUGUUUCUCCUUGCCGCUGUACCCACCGGGUCGACCGUUGGUUACAGCCGAUGCCUUGCCUUGCUUCCCCGUGCUCGACGAGACGGUGGAGCUCCUCAUAUACUUCCUUGGCUGUGCGGCAAACCUCAUCACCAUCACUCUUAUCUUGUGGGGCGGCAGGCGCUACCAGCCCAAGGGAGGGGAGAGCGUGCCCAGGUUCCUGGUCUUGGCCCUGUGCAUGACGGAACUGUCGUUCCUCCUCUUCGGGGAGACAGGCUGGCUGGUUAGUUUCGUGGCCGGAAGGUGGACCGGUGGAAUGGCGGCGUACUUGUACUGCGUCUCCGUGGUGGUCGCUUGCAAUCGGUUCUCCAAAUGCAUCGUGGUGCUUAUGGGGAUAGAACGCUACCUGAGCAUCAAGAAGCCGUUCUUCUAUGAUCACUCGGUGACACUGCGCCGCGUCGGCUUAGCCAUCUUGGCAAUGGCCGUAUACUCCUUGACCCUUUCCGGGUUCUUUGUGGCUGGAGUGAUUACAAGGACAUGGGGAGCGUGCCUGGGCCCCAUCACCCCUUCUGAUCCCUGGGACUGCCCCACCGGUGAGGUGUCGCCUCAGUUCGGGAACGCUUCCAACCAGACCACCUACGUCCUGCUUUUCUCAACCGUGGAGAAUGCUUACGAGUAUUUCACGACGCUGGAGAGCGUUCUCAUGACGGUAAUUCUUAUCUCGUGCAAUGUGGUAGUGAUACGCUGCAUGCAGAAGCUCAAAGCUCACCUGGAAGUCGCCUGUCCGAGGAAUCGCGCGGAGUACGUCAAGCAGAUGGAUAUGAUACGGGGAGCACCGGCCGAUUUCUCCCGAUUAAUGGUGGCAGUUGCUGUCGUUUUUGUCGUCUGCAUACUUCCCUACGAGAUUCGUUGGUUUGCGAAUCAGUGUGGUACCUGGCACUCCCCUACCCUAGACAACAUAGCCGUCCGUCUCUACCUCGGCACGAGUGUGAUCAACCCGUUGAUGUACGGGAUAUUCCGGAGAAAAGUUCGCAACAAAAUUAAGGAGAGAUUCUUAACUCUUCUGCAUCACCUCUGCUUGUGCCACUGCUGCAAGAGGAACAAUAGAGUGCGCCCUCAAGGGACUCAGCCGGAACAGUGGCAACGUCCUACAACCGUGUCUGGUUUGGUAAACUCACGUGACACCUGACAAUAAUAGUGACCUAUUAUGUCGUACCUGCUGGCCCCCAUACCAACAUGACUAGAAGAGUGAAGCGAACAAAAAUCAUUGAACACACAAAAGCCUUGCUCAACAAGUAUCAUAUUUGUUUCUAAAAUGGAUUUAUCGAAAGAUCUAUCAUGUAUCGUAAAGUUUUGCCUACUCACAAUCUAAGAAAACUAUAGCACAACAUGGCGUCCCGUAUCCCGUGCCUGGUUGAUAGACGUCACUAACUUCAUUACGUCACCACAAGCGUGUUGUGAAUAAUGCACGUAACAGGUUGAGUAUGUUUUCCACCAUAACAUUAUAUAUAAUACAGAAUAUAGGGUUUACCGCCCUCUACUCCCGAGUGGGCCCAAGAAAGACGAACAGUCCUACGUGGUUCCUUCGGUGAGAACUGCACUUCGCUGGGUCCGCAAAUAAUUAUGAAAUGCAUGCCCCCUCGUUCAAGCGUGCGCGUAUACGCGUCGCUGCCUUCUGCAAACCUGGCAACAAGUCCAAAAUUACCUGUUACUUGUACUGUCAACGUCUGACAAGACUUUUUGGCUGAAUCGAAUCGAAUCUACAGCCGACUACCAGCCGAUGGGCCAAUGGAAACGAGUGCAAUUACUGGUGUGUCGGAUCUAUAGCGGACAGCAAAAAGAUCUUCACAUCAAGUACACAUACAAUACACCUUAUUAAUAUAAAUAGAGUGUCUUUAAAAAACAUUUUUAGUGAAGAUUUUUCAAAUAAAAAUAAUUUGGACUAUUUUUGGAGACCCAUUGGGCCCCUGCCUCUCGAUCCGCCCUUGCCGACGCGCAUUGUUUCGAGCAUGCGCUGUAGAAAUACCGAACUGGUUUUGUGGAAAACAAUGUCUAAUGCCUAUGAACAAAAAGUCUUCUUUUUUCAUUCAUUUAAUACAUACAUCCACGUUGUGGUUGGCAGCCAGUCACACCUGCACCUGUUUAGGUCUGUUUGUACAAGAGCCUCGUGCUCGUUUGUGUUGUAUGACUCUGUUUCAACAUCUCCGUGCAAUACACAGGAUAUAAAUGUACGAUUUUAUACAUUACACGUAGAUUUUUUGUACAUUGUGCGGAUGUGAAAAUGUUUGUUGCCUCAUGGUGGUUAUGUCUGGUUCGUAAACUGGUGUGGAAACAACUUAAGUAUUCUUUUAUUUUUGUAAGUACAUGUAACUGUGUAUAAAUUCUAAUGUUUAAUCAUUGCGAUGCACUAUUUUUGUAACACGUUUUCAUUUUAAUGAAUAAAAGAACAGUAACUGGCAAAUAAGUUUGAAAUUCGUAAUUUGGAGACUGUUCAGAAGAUUAUGCACACGGCACCAACACCAUUGUCCCCAAGCAGAACCAAGAGAGGGCGCAAUUUCCCUAGCAACAGAAACUUCUUUGGUAUGGGAAGUGCACAUGCUACCGACAUGAACCCAACAUGGGGUGCUUCUGCACAAAGCGAAAGCGGACUGGAUGUCCAAAGUCACGCUUUGGAGUCUAACAACGCGCUCGUAAGCGUCAUGUAUCUUUGGAUUUGUCAAUUCCAAAUGAAGGCCUUCACUGUUUGUGUUAUUCGGUCAAUCAUACCAGAUCCGAAAAUUCUUGUGCAGAUUCCAAUCUCACUCCAACCACCCCAUUACUUAAUGUGACCGGUAAAAAGGCAACCACACAUCAUAUAUACGUGGACGUGUGUCUUAGCACGAGUUACUGAAGUGUCUCAGACCAUGCACUAAUCU